GAGCCCCGCUAACACACGGAUAGCAAGUAGUUCGGCUGCGUAGUUGUAUCGUAUCGAGCUACAGUUGGACCAAAAUGAAGACCACAGCGUUCGUUACUUGCCUUCUAAUCGCCGUUACGGUCGUACGCGGUUUCGACGAAGACACGAUCGUAUCCGAGUACCUCGAAUACCUGAUGCCGGACAUAAGACCGUGCGCCGACGAGUUCAAAAUGUCGGAAGAAGCGGCAACGAAUGUCCAGUACCAUAAGGACGUCGCCGCCACCAGAACUCUGGGUUGCGUGAAGGCUUGCGUGAUGAAACGAAUGAAAGUGUUGGGCAGCGGGACCGACUUCAAUUUGGAGCCAAUAUACAAGAUGAUCGACGUGGUUCACGCCAACAAUCCGGAUGACCACAAAUUGGUGAUGACGAUCGCGCAGGAGUGCGCCGAAAGCAUCAAAGGUGAACCCGAUGAAUGCGUGAUCGGCAACAAGUACACCGAUUGCUACGUAGAGAAGCUGUUCAAUUAAACCGCCCCGUUCAAGUCGUUCAGUGAAGUCUACCUAAUUGUAAUUUCAAUCACCACGAGUACUAUGUCGAAUAAAAUGAUAGAAGAAUA